CUCGUCUGCGGCGAUAUAUCGUCUAACCCUGGCCCUGCGAAAGGCAAAGAUAAGCCCAAGUUUCCAUGCGGCGAGUGUAGUAAGCCAGUGAGAAAGAACCAAGACGCCAUUUUGUGCUCGUCUUGUGAUACUUGGUCCCACGCAAAAUGUCUCAAAUUAACCGUUACCGGGUUCAAAUACUACCUACAACAUCCCGACUUGGAAUGGACAUGUGCUUUCUGCUCUCUGCCUAAACUAUCGGACUCCUUCUUUGACGAAACUGGCUCAUUUACUUUGAACGAGAGCAACUGUGAAAACGAGAAGUGUGAAGUCGAAUCGGUCGAUACCGACGUAGUCCUAACCAAGAUAAAAUACAUUAGAAUUGAGCACAGAAAAGAAUGUGUUAUUUCCUGCCUCAAUAUUAAUAGCUUGCAAAACAAGUUCGAUGAGGUUCGACUAUGGCUAGCUACUAAUACAUUCGACAUUUUGACAAUACAAGAGACUAAAAUCGACUCAACUUUUCCUAGCUCACAAUUUCAUGUCAAAGGUUUUAACUUUUAUCGUCGCGACAGAGUCAAAGGCGGCGGUGGCAUUGUAGUAUACAUCAGAGACAAUAUAGCCGCUUUACGGAAGAAAUUGAGAGGAAAAUAUGUCGAAUCAAUGUUGUUUGACAUGAAAAUCGGACAACGACAGUUUGCAUAUAUUACUGCCUAG